GUAUGUACCACCAAGGUACGGAGUACAUAUAGGUACUUGGUCUUGUCAACGGACCUUAUGACUGCGGACGAUGAGUGGCUCGUCUCCUUGGACUCCAUCAGGCAGGCUCUGCUACAUAUUCCCAAGUCAUACACGAGGACCUGACUACCUAGAGAAGGACACCCACGGUUCUUCAAACACAGUUCCCGUACCUCUUGACUAUGCCCCGGGCCACCUUGCAGACAUGGACAGCCCUAUAGGCAAUCCAGAUGCGACAAAUUGCUACAAAAUCGAACAGCCAGAGGUCGAGAAAGCAUCAGGCAGCGAGUUGGCUUCCAAUUCCAUCCAUGACGCCAACAACAACAACAACAAGAUCAUCAUAUCGUGGGAGAACAACGACCCAGAGAAUCCUCACAACUGGGCACCCAGACGCAAGGCGCUCUUCGUGAUAGCGACCAUGAUGAUAGUCAUCAACAGCACGAUGGGCAGCGCGCUGCCGAGUAUGGCCAUCCCGUAUAUCACGGCCGAAUGGCGAGUGACUUCGGCCACCCAGAAAGGUCUUCCCAUAUCAACCUAUUUAAUCGGCUACGUCCUCGGUCCCAUUCUUUGGGGUCCACUCAGCGAGCAUAUAGGACGUCGAAGUGUGACUAUAGUGACAUUCUUUGCGUUCACUGUAUGGACACUGGCCUGCGCGCUCGCUACCAGCUGGCCGGCGUUCCUGGUGUUCCGGCUGCUCUGUGGUGCAUUCGCCAGUGCUCCUAUUACUGUGACCACCGGCCAAAUUGCCGAUAUAUACGAUGACCCGGUGCCUCGAGGUCAUGCACUUGCCUACUUCAUGGCGGUGACCGUGGGUGGUCCAUUGUUGGCUCCGAUCGUCAGUGGGUUCUGCUCGACCACCGUCGGGUGGCGUUGGACCUUCUGGGUUGCCCUUAUCUACGCGGGUGUCACGUUCCUCGUCGUUAUGAUAUUACCAGAGACUUACGCAGCUGUGAUUCUGUCCCGACGGGCUCAAAAGAUACGCAAGGAGGAUCCAAGUUCCCAGGUCUACGCUACCGCUGAGCUUGAGGACAGAAAUAUCAGACUUGUUGUGACUCGGGUGCUAACACGACCUAUUCGAAUGAUCCUAACGGAGCCCAUCGUCUCGGCUACCUGCGCUUACCUUGCUCUCCUCUAUGCCAUCUUCUACAUUUCCUUCACGGCAUUCCCCAUCAUCUUCCAAGACCUAUAUGGCCUGUCUGCUGGUGUUGCUGGACUGCUCUUUUUGCCAAUCGCUCUCGGUUCCAUUAUCGCACUAGGGAUAUUCUUCAUGUGGGAUAAUCACCUUCGCAAAGCCAUCGCCGAGAACCGUCCUUGGGUUAUGAAAGAAGAACAUCUCCGAGUUCCUCUGGCGAUUCUCGGUGGCCCAGUCUUCGUCGUGUCGCUAUUCUGGCUUGGUUUCUCUGCCAAGCUAAGUGUUCACUAUAUUAUUCCCUCUCUGUCUGGGAUCGGCUUUGGGAUAGGGUUCAUGUUGGUAUUCAUUGGGAUGCUUAACUACCUUACGGAUGCAUACGAGAUUUACGCUGCAAGUGCCAAUGCUGCGUCCAGCUCGUCGAGAUCUCUGGUAGCUGUAGUCCUACCAUUAGCCAGCACCCCUCUCUUCAAUCGGCUUGGGAUCAGUGGAGCUUGUAGUCUCCUAGCUGGACUCAGCCUUCUCCUUAGCGCUGUUCCAUUCAUAUUUAUCUGGAAGGGCGAACGUAUCCGUGCGGGAUCCAAGUUCUGCAUCGAGUUGAAAAAGAGGAAGCACGAGGCACAGCUGAAACUGGCGGCCGAGGGCAGAAAAGGUGCUGAAAAUAGACAAGCGAUUCAUGAAAAUGGAAACGGGACUGUUUAGAUCACACGAGCUUCAGAUCUCGAAGCUUAUGAGCGUAGGUCUUAGUGUAGAACGCUAUGAUAUUGGAGGAUUCUUCCCAGCAGGUCUGAAGAUCAUUUUCCACCCGCAACGACGCGUUAACAAAUUGCUUCAAAUCUAUCCCUUGAUCUGAUAUCCACCCGUCUUUCAGUCCUAUUCAAAAUGAACCCACUUACUAUCAGCCGUUGCUGUACAUAAGCGGCACCGUUCACGGUGCCAGUGUCACCCACGUCUUAGCCACCAGUCGC